AGUCUUACCCGGUAAGCCGGUAAGGAAGUGCUAAAAACAAGGGCAGCCAUAAAUGUAUAGUACAGUGCCUAAUCUGGAACAGACCCCUCCUUCCUAGCUUCUGUUGUCGUUUCCAAACCAACACUAAAAAAUGGGAGUCAAUAAUACAGGCUCUGACAGAACCCAAGAAGAAGAGCAAAAAGAUCUCCCAAAAGUAGUGCUCUUCAGACCACCUCCGGCCUUUUCACUCAUUGGCGAAGAAUCCUUUGCAUCCAACAAAUUUCACUUUUUGAAAACCUACGACUCCCAACUCCCUCUAGAUCAGUUCUUGUCCACUCAUUCUCAUUCCAUAAAAGCAAUCCUUUCCUCCGGUGCUGCACCCGUCAACGCUGACAUCCUCCAGCUGCUUCCGGAGGUUGGUGUUGUUGUCACCACUAGUGCUGGUCUUAAUCAGAUUGACAUCCCCGAGUGUCGCCGCCGUGGUAUCAAAAUUGCUAAUGCAGGCUACGUGUAUUCUGCUGAUGUGGCUGAUUUGGCUGUUGGUUUGUUGAUUGAUGUUCUGAGAAAGGUUUCGGCUAGUGAUCGUUAUGUGAGGCAAGGGCUUUGGGCUGCUAAAGGGAACUAUCCUCCUGGUUCUAAGCUCAGUGGUAAGCGAGCUGGAAUUGUUGGAUUGGGAAAUAUUGGAUAUGAAGUUGCUAAAAGGCUCGAGGCCUUUGGUUGUCUUGUUUCGUACAACUCCAGGAAGAAAAAACCGUAUGUUUCGUAUCCAUUCUACCACGAUGUCUGUGAGCUUGCAGCUAAUUGCGAUGCUCUCAUCAUUUGCUGUGGAUUAAGUGACGAAACCCGCCACAUGAUCAAUAAACAAGUGUUGUCAGCACUGGGGAAGGAAGGAGUCAUUGUAAACAUUGGACGUGGGGCUAUCAUCGAUGAGAAGGAAAUGGUGAGGUGUCUGAUGCAAGGGGAGAUUGCAGGUGCUGGCUUGGAUGUGUUUGAGAAUGAGCCUAAUGUUCCUAAAGAGUUUUUCGCCAUGGAUAAUGUUGUGUUGUCACCGCAUAGGGCUGUUUUUACACCUGAAUCUUUGAAGGAUUUAAGCCAACUUGUGGUGGGGAAUUUGGAAGCUUUCUUGUCAAAUAAGCCUUUACUCUCCGAAUAUGUGGACAGCGAAUAAUUCAACUCGUUGGUUUGCAGUGAUUGUUUCACAUUCUUCUGCAUGCAUUCCGACAAUAACAGUAUGAUAUAACUGCAAAGCGAGUGAGAAGAUAAAAGAUGAAGAAGUCAUAUCAUCGUAGUUUUAAGAGGGGGAGGCCGUGCAGAAUUACCUUCUUAUCAGAAUUAUCUGGAUGCUGGCUGCAUCCUAAAAUCCUAGCCAUGGCUCCUCAAUUGUUCUUAAUGGCUGCAAACUUGAUGCAGGAGCAAUUAACCUAGUGUAGUUGACGGAGCCAAAAAAAUAAAAAAGAAGAAGAUAUAUACCAUUUAAUCAAAGACUUCUUAUGUAGAAACUGGAUUUUUUUAUAUAACAAAACUCGGUUGAAAAGAAGAACAGAGUCUUGCUACUGGGGGCAUUUGCCGCUUUUUUCCACUGCUAGGAUCGUUGUUCCCAUAUUGAAGCAAAUAUAUUUUUCAAAAUUUCAAGU